AUGAUUGAAUCUGAACCCUUGCUUGCCUCAACCUUUCAGGGUACAAGUGAGGAUUUUCCUAGUAUUCUACAUGGAAAGAAAAUCCUUUUAGCCACUGAAUCGUGGGGUCCUGUUAAUGGUGUCAGUCGCACUACUCGCAAUUUGGUUGAGUACUUGCGCGAGAAUGGAGUAGACCUUAUGUUGGUCGCACCACAAUUCAAGGGAGAUACAAGCAAGGUGAACCAGUCUUGGGAACGACGAUUACCAGGAUGCGCUUUGCCUUAUAAUCCUGACUUGACUGUGGUUUAUCCAUUUCAUAUUGGUGACGUCUAUCGACAAACAUUCAAACCCGACAUCAUCUAUCUAGCAAGUCCUGCUUCCUUGGGGUUUCAGAUGUUGCUGCAGAUUCGCCAGUUGCGAUCACCACCACCGGUACUGCUUAACUUUCAAACGGAUCUCUCAGCAUAUUCGGAGAUCAUGCUACCUGCGCCGCUGGAUCGGUUUGGUGUCUGGUUGCUGGCUGUAGUCCAGGGCUUUCUUUUUCGCUCACGGGCUGUCCAUACUAUUUUCUACCCUUGUUCUGCUAUUCAAAAUUACCUUGAACAUGCAGGAGCGCCGAUGGAUCGACUGCUCCAGUUGGGUCGUGGUGUAGACACCAAAGCCUUUUCGUCAGAUCAACGAGAUGAUGCCUAUCGUCGAGAAAUAGCACCAAAUGGAGAAAUCAUCCUUAUUUGUGUUUGUCGCAUCGCUCCGGAGAAAGGCUUCGGGUUUCUCUCUCAGGUUGCUAUUCGUCUAGCUGCUGAGAAGGUUCCCUUCAAGUUGCUCAUUGUGGGUGGCAAUCGUAACCCCGUUGUCGAAAAUAAAGUCAAGCGUCUUUUCGACAGUAUACUUCGCCAUGUGAUAUUUACCGGCUUUCUCACGGGUUCGGCACUCGCUCGCGCUUAUGCCUCGGCUGAUCUCUUUCUGCAUUGUUCUAUCACUGAGACGUUUGGGCUGGUGGUUCUUGAGGCUAUGGCUAGUGGGAUCCCGGUCAUUGCUCGUGAUCAGGGUGGUCCUUCGGAUAUCAUUCGCAAUUGUCACACUGGAUUUCUUGUCCCACCUCAUGAUCUUGAUCAGUUUGUUCAUUUAACACGCAAGGUGGCUGGGGAUAAUACUUAUCGUCGGGAGCUUGCUGUGGCGGCUCGUCGGUAUGCAGAUGAUACUACCUGGGAGAAGAUUAAUUGUCGGGCUGCGUGGCAGAUUGCUGAGUCUUUGACAUGUACUGAUCAGGAGUCGCAUAUGUCGCCGAGGGUUCAGGUGAGGCCUGGGAUUAUUGCAUCGGCUAUGGAGCAGGUGAGGCUGGUGUUGGCUGUUGGGAUUGUGUAUGGGAUGUGGUUGAUUGCUGUGGUUCCGUUGAUUGUUCAUGGGAAUCGGUUUCUUCCACGUGCGUGGCAGACAUUUAAAAAUCAGUUUCAGUAUGUUAGUCCCGUGCGGAAUUGA